AUGGCUCUAGCUCGCUCUGGCCAUCGAUCCGUCGCACUUCUCAACACGCUUACCCCUGCUCGCAAGACGCUAUUCGGCACGGGUGCUAUCGUCGCCUCUGUCGCUACCAUCUCGUCUGGGUACCUGGACACCACGUUCGCCACUAGCGCUCUCUCAUCAGCUCCAGUACUGUUCCAAACACCUUUCCGUCUCUUCUCGUCCUCAUCCGUUCCGUCGUUCAAGAUGGGUUCCACCGCAUCCUCGCAAGCCUCUCCAGAGUCAUUCCCCAAAGGCAUGUCCAACACAGAAUGGCGCACCAAGUUGAAUCCGGAACAGUUCCGUAUUCUCCGUGAGAAGGGCACCGAGAUGGCUGGCACGGGCAAGUACAACAAGCACUAUCCCAAAGACGGCGUCUACACCUGUGCCGGUUGCGAUUCGCCGCUGUACAAGGCAACCACCAAGUUCGACUCGGGCUGUGGUUGGCCCGCCUUCUUCGAUGCCAUCCCUGGUGCCAUCGACCGACAUUCGGACAGAAGUUGGGGCAUGGAGCGCAUCGAGAUCACCUGCAAGAACUGCGGCGGUCACUUGGGCCACGUUUUCAAGGGUGAAGGUUUCAAUACCCCCACCAACGAGCGUCACUGUGUGAACAGCGUCUCGAUCAACUUUGACAAGGACGAUGCCAGGAUCUGA